GUAGAAUAAAAUUAUAGAAAUUAAUAUAUGGAGAAUACAAGGUACCUUUAUUGAAGGGAUUCAGACUCAGAUGGUUCCUUUCAUUUCCCAGAACUGUAAGCUGAGCAUUAAUCCUUCUAGAAACAUGUCUCCCCUGAGAGACAGCUUUGAGAUAGACAAUUUUGAAGAACUCAUAGAAUAUGACUUUAUUGAUGCCAAUCUAGGACAAUCUCGAGACAAGAAGAAAUUAGCUAAAAUAUUAGGAGUUGAAUAUAAGGAGCCGAAACCUAAUGGAUUAAAGAAAUAUCAAGAGCUACAAAAGACAUUUAAAAAGACAGAUAGAACCACCAAAAAUCCUUUUGGGACUAGGAACAGUAACCAUCUGUCUAAUUUUGACACCCAGAAAUGGCUUAGAGCAAGGAAUCCAUCCUUUCCCACUCAACGCUACAAAAAGAAAGCUUUUAAGGAUAAAAUUAUGAAGAGUAUCAAUAUUAAAGAGAACACCAAAGAACUUCUGAAAACUAAUGCGCAUCUAGCUAUCCAGACAGAGAAAUCUCUGGAGAAUAUAGAGCACUUCUUAGAUACUUUCAAAGGAGAUGGACAAGGGAAGGUCUGCUCGAACAUCCAAAAGGCCAUCAAGAACCUUAUUAAGGACCCUAAACCAGAUAAGUACCAGAAUUUACAUAAAGAUAUCUACCCUCUUAAAAAGGACUUUUUGUCUGCCAGAAAUAAGAAGUCAAUCCAGACCGUAGAUGUUGAUGUCUCUGUUUCUCCUAAAGAGAGAAAGCAUGUGAAGCUCCCAGAUUUAAACCCAAUGACCAUCCGCAAGUACCUUAAAUAAAGAUCUUGAGGAAAAUAAGGUUAAUGAUUGGGAGUCCAUCAAACCUAAAUUUAAGAACUAUAAGAAAAAGAGUAUUUCUAAGAAGAAGAUGAGCUUGCAGAAGCCUCAUUAUGGAUUUUCGCCCUUCCCUCCCAAUUUUUCUCCCAGAAAUCUUGGGGAGACUUUGAAGAAGAUACUGAGGGAGUAGGCUAUGGAUUAAUUAAUUUUCAAUUUUCCAAAGAAAUUUG